AUGAAGAAUAGGUGGCCAGCACUUCCAACGAUAGUUCGUAAAGCUUAUCAGCUCCAUUUGCCAAGAAUAUCCGUGCAGGAAAAAAGGCGUAAGCUUCAGGCGUUUGUAAGUGCUAAUCCUGAUCUCCGUGAAAUCCGUCAAACACAGCAACGAAUUAGGCUUGACAUUUCAUCGCAGCUUGACGACGGCUACAGCAGCAGCGGCAGCAGCAGCAGCUGUCACUUCCUGAUUCCAAUGACCUCAUCGCGCGCUUUCCGAUGCAUUCAUCCUGAAAACGUUCUGAAAGGAAGAUGUUUCAACACCGAAAAAGGCUUAAGUAUCGAAGGUGGCGACUAUAGACGGCUUAGAAGCAUUGAUCAUAGAGGCUGCGCAGUCGAAUGCCGUGACGACCCGUCGUGCUUGGCCUACGAAUGGGGGGAAAGUGACGAGGUGUGCUACUUAAAAUCACGAUCAUUAAGUGGAGAUCUUAUUAAGAAGAAGGAUUGCCUCAUCGGAUUCUGCCUUGAUGAA